CUGAUCUCACGGGGGAAUUGGCUGACGCUUUUACAGUUCUUAUUAUAGGACAAGGUAAAGUAAGGCAUGAGCACAAAUCUGACAAUGACAGUGUUUUAAAGAUGGAAUAUAGUUACCAUCCCCACCAUUAUGAGUUGAACCAGCUUCUCUUCAACAAAGGGACGAAAUCCCUCUCUCUCACCUUGCUCUCCUCUGCAAGAAUAUACGGACUACUCCGUCCAUGGGAUCUUAGGCCUGAUCGACAGCGUGUAGCAAACCUCCCGAGUCACUUUCUCUCUGGCCACUGGUGCUUCCUCCUUGUUAGAUUUUCGAUUUUCUAUAGCCUAGCCAAUUGACAGCCCCAGAAAUAACGUUAAGCCGAGAGGACUCAGGACAAACGGAUGGCGGGGCGCUCCCUCCAUCGUCGUCCAUGUCUCAGCCUAACUUCCGCCGUGCUGAUUGAACAAAGUUGGACUACUUUUUUUUGUUGUUCCAAGCUCGAG